GUUCUUCGUCCAAUCCGAUCUGGACCAAGGAAGGUUUCCGCCGGCCUUGUCGUGUCGGCGUUCAAGUCGACAAUCAUCUUGAUCCUAGCCGCCGAUGAAGCCGCAUCAAUAUAUCUGAGCAACGAUACCGGUGAGCCCUCCACUGGUGGGCACACCCCCAAUGCCGUCCCGGCAGCACCCAGCCUGCUCGGAAUGGUGUGCCCAAUGUGCAAGCUACAUCAGGGCUCUCCGGAUCGUCAUCCGCCCGCGAAUUUUGUAUGGCCAGUUCCAGCCCAGAAGUUUUUUCUAUCAUUUCAGUCAUCUCCAUCUUCAUUGUCAUCGUCACCUGUAUUCAGAUCAACAACGCCCUGCGACAUCACUACUAGUACUCUCGAUUUGCCAUACUUCGCCAAUUGUAAGCGCCUCUCUAUCACAUCGGAUGCUACCCUUGUAGCCUGCAAUGACAACUGCUCGAAGGAUGUCCUGCUACCAUUUCAACAUUAUUUAUCGUCACCUGUACUAGAAUCAACGCCCUACGACAUCACUACUACCCUCGAUUUGCCGAAUCUCGCCAUUUGUAAACGACUCUCAGUUGCAUCUGACACUACUCUGGUAGCCAGCGACGAUGAUUUGAAGGUCGUCUUCUCUGACAAGGACACCUAUGCUAUGCCACACCCUGGGGUGCACGCACUAGCACACACUACUCCGAAUGACGUCCAUGUCGACGUCCCAGCCCCGAGCACAACUAUUGACAUCAUUAGCCCCUUUUGUACGCCGUAUAUUCGGCCACUCGUCCUGCUAGUCGACAAAUGUCGGACAAUGCCUACGCCUAUUACUAACCAUUCCAUCCCCAGAUCCGUACACCUCACUGACACCUUACUUCAGACGACACAGACCGUCAACUCCCUCCACAGCAGUCCGUCCGCAGUCCCCAACGACGAUUUCAUACACUCGAAGGGCAUCUUCACUGGCACUGACGAAGCAUUGCCAAUGGACACCAAAGACGUCGAAUACCCCAUCGACACCCUGUCCCCACGCAUGCCAGCUCUUACCACCAACAAUGCUCUCAUUAUCGAAAAUGCUUUCCCUAUCCGCAAUGCUCCUUCUCAUCCGUUGAACCUUUGACCACUUGCUCUACUCGAUAGCCUUCUAACGUCGUUUUCUAUAAAUACUGACACUAGCCCUUCUGGACCCGCCCAUCCCACUGAUGUGUUAGCUCACAAGACCAAGGCUGCUGCCUCCUGGCUAAAGCCCCUGAUACUCGUUAC